AUGGACGAACUUCGAGAACUGGCGUUGCAAGCCUUCCAGCAACGAACCUUCAGUCCAGUCAAAGGCAUCGUAGGCUACCACUUCCUCCAGUUAUCAGCAGACGGACACGACUACAUCCUCUACGAAUCCCUCAUCAGCGAAGAUGACCUCCCCAACAUCCUCAAACAUGCCAACAACAUCCAUCCAUCCAUCACCUUCUUCCAAAUCCGCACGGACAGAGCCCAAUCCAUUCAAAUCACCCGGGCAGGCUUCCUUCACCUCGCCACCCUCAUGGGUUUAGAUCCCCAGGUUCUGUACCUCAUCGCCCAUGAUUAUGACGGCUACCACCACCUCGGCGAGGCCGACAACACCGCCACUGACUUCCUGGGCACAUCCCGCUUCAGCUUGAUCUGGAACCGUCGUCCACAAUCCCAAUCUACCGUUGCCCUCGUCCUAGUCCGCCGAGACAGCCCAUUCCCCGAGUUACUCCACCUGGCAAAUACAUACCGCAACCACCUCGCAAACCCACAUAUACUUCCCUUCCUGGCCAUCGUCUACAUUGUCCGAGUCUUUGACCGCUCAGUGGCCCAAGAUCUCGAGAAAAUCCACUACGUCGAGGCCCGCACUGGAUACGGACCCAACAACCCCGUCUCACCGAGCACACGCUUCAACAUCCACGACAUAUCCAACUGGUUGAAGGAGAUCGGGGCCUUGCAGGCAUAUUUCGCCAACAAGCACCGACAGCUCGAUAUUGUCCGACAAAUCAUCCCAUCGAUCGCCCAAGGGAACAUACAAAACCAUCAAGACCCAUUGUGUAUGGCACUCCCCACUAUCGAAGACAUCGCCCGGACUCUGAAUGGCUACAUCACGUAUCUGGAAGAGAGGAGUAAAACCCUGGUCUCAAUUCUCUUCGCUCUUCUAACCCACGAAGACGCCGCAGCGAGCGCCGAUCUAGCCGAAGCAUCUAAACGGGACAGCUCAGCCAUGAAAGCAAUCACGAUCCUUACGAUGGCGUUUCUUCCAGCCACCUUCUUUGCCACCUUGUUCGCGUUGCCGACGUUGCAGUGGAACCAGGAUCGUAUCAUUCAACGUCGGUUCUGGGUGUACUGGGCGUUUACCAUCCCGGCUACGGCCAUGGUAUUUGGCUUAUGGGGAGGGAUGCUGAAGACGAGGCGGGUUUGGAGGUGGUUGGGGCAGCGGUGGGCUCAACACCAGACGCGGGAUGAGAAGCGGGUUUGA